AUGGAAGAAAAUUAUGACCUGGACGGGAGCCUAACCUUCAUGGCUUGGAAAAAGCUUUACACCUGCUCUAGCUCGUCUAGCGAGCAACCGAAGUCAACAAACAGUGCAAACAAAGCCUCCGAACCAGACCUUAGAGGUUACAUGGUGUUUCAAACAAGGGAGACAACUUCCAAUCAGUUAAAUUCCUCGGGGGAGGUCUUAAAAGAGAUACUGACGUAUCCCACCCUUGAAGCAAAAGGUCCUCCGAAGAGGAAGAAUUUAAAGAGAACCCUCCCAAACUUUGUCAGUGGCCCUGAGGCAAUGCAGCUACUACUUCAUGAAAAGCACAAAAAAGCACGACAGUUGGCAGAUAAACAAAAGAAGAUGAGACAUAAGGAAGCGAAGAAGGAAGAAAAACGAAAGAGAAUUGUGGAAGAGAAAGUUCGGAAGCAGUUAGAAAGAGAAGAAAAAAAGAAAAAACAAAAAGCGAACAAAAAUGCAAGCAAUGAGAGAACAAAGAAGUCUGGGAAGGUAACAAAAAGAAGUCAAACUCCUAGAGCUAAAGGCAAGCAAUGGCGGCAGCAAGACGACAUUUGCAACAUUUGCUUGCAGGAAUAUUUUCUCAGUGACGUGGAAAAUAAUCCAUGGGUCCAGUGUGGUUCCUGUAAAUCGUGGAUGCACAUCUCCUGCAUUCCUAUCGGGCUUGAUGUUGGCAACAAACCAUUUGUUUGUCAUCCGUGCAUGUAAUAAGAAGAACAGUCGUUUAAGGAACGAACUGUAAAAAACAAUUUUGUAAGCCUUUUUAGGAAGAGUUCCCUUGACGUAUUCCUAAUUCUGUUACUUUCUUAACUAGUAGUGAGAUUCCCGAAGUCGUGAACGAGAUGCGAAAGAAAUGCAUCAGAAAUGUAUUUUUCCAGCCUCCCCGGCGUUUUUAAAGGGUGUUACAAAUAAUACUGAGUUACAGGUUGGAGAUAUUUGUUGUCAGUAGCUGUUUAAAUUGUCAUGACACAAGUUUAACACUUCAAAAUAAAAACAACCGAAAGUUUAAGUUAUUCUUGUUGUCUACUCCCUUACAGAAUGCACAUCAUUGUCAUCGAAAACGCUGUCAUCAAAGGAUAUCAGGAAUUCCAGAUAAGGCCGCCCCCCGCGUUACUACUUCCGGUCACAAAAGAGUACGGAAACAGGCAUGAUCCUCAUGGAUGUUUGGUGUGGGUACCAGAAAUCGAGAAAAUCCCUAGCUCUUUAUGGAACCGUGUAACAGAUAAGAAACGUGGAGAAAGAGUCAGAACAAUUGCUGGCCUCCCGAUAGGAAGAGUUCCAAAAGGACUGUCUUCAUGUUUUUAUGAGCUUUUGGGGUCCAGUAAUGUAGAAUGUAUUGAGUGGUACGUUAAUCAGUUAUUUUCCUUUCCUUUUUAUUAAGUUUUCUCUGAAUAUACAAUUUUAAUUAAAAGUUCUUGCAUUUCAGUGAAUAAACCGGUAUUCCCUGUAAGAGUUUCUCUCCAUAGCCACACUAUCAAUCCCCUGGAGGCGGUGCGGUUAUACCAUCCUCUUACAGAAUACAAGUCAAGAGAGAUCAUCAACGAGUCCUGGGGAAAGUGUGUGCCGCUGUAGAGGAAAUGGCUGAGAAAAGUGUCAUUAAAAUUAAUGCCUCCUGA